AUGGGAUGUGUUGCUUCCAAACUAGAGGAAGAAGAGGAAGUGGUGGCUAUUUGUAGAGAGAGAAAACGGCUCUUAAAGCUAGCUGUGGAGAAAAGAUAUGCACUUGCUGUGGCUCAUUGUAAGUAUUUUCACUCUCUCAAUGCAGUAGCUGCGGCCAUUAAGUUCUUUGUUGCACGCCACUCGUUACCUUCAUCACCUUUCCUCAUAACUUUCCCUCCUCCUUGCGCUUCUUCUCACUCUCCUUCUCCACCCCCUGAGAAUGUCAUCACCAACCCCAUGUUCCUCCAGCAGGCACCCUCAGAAACCAAGCAUGAAGCCAUUGGUUGUGACUCAUGCAUCUCUUCAACAACCUCAGAGUCUUCUGAGGAAGAGAGUGAAGAGAAAAGGGAAGGGGAGGACGAAGGGAAGGGAGUAGAAGAGCAGCACGAACAACCAUGUGGGUACUAUUGCAUGCCUAUGACUAUGACUAUGCCUAUGACCAUGUCCAUGUCUAUGUCUAUGCCUAUGCCACCUUCAAUGCCAUCCCCUCAGAGAGAUUUUGGAUGGGACUUCUUCUACCCUUUUGACAGUAUGAGGAGUGACGUUAUGAGUGGCUACCACAGGAACUUAGACGAUGAUUUGAGGGCAGUGAGGGAGGAGGAAGGGAUUCCUGAGUUGGAAGAAGAAGUGGAGAGAGAAGAGGUUGAGCACAAAGUGGUGAGUGUUGAAGAGAAUAGUAACACCAAUAAUAAUGGUAAUACUGAAGGAGUUGAUGAACAAGUGAUGAGUGGUGUUGAAACAGUGAUGGUGGUGGAUGCGGCCACUGAGAACCAAGGGGAGCAAAGGGGGCUUGCAGUUCUUGAUACACCAGCCGAGGGGAGAGAGUUGCUUGAAGCAUUGAAAGACAUUGAGGACCAUUUUCUCAGGGCUUAUGAUUCUGGUAAAGAUGUGACCAGAAUGCUGGAAGCUAAUACAAUCCCCCUUCAUUCUAGUUUGGAUGAAACAAAAGAAAGUUCGACUAAACUCAUUCAUGCAAUAACAUGGAAGUCCAUUUCAUCUAGGCAAUCAUCAUGCAAGAGUCUCAUGGCUCCAAAUAUGAAAAGUUCCUCAACUUGGGUGGAAUAUGAGAAUGAUCUGUUUGAUGAUUAUAGAGGAAUGGUUUCGGGAAGUCAUUUAUCAACCUUAGGAAGGUUAUAUGCGUGGGAAAAGAAACUCUUUGAGGAGGUUAAGGCUGGAGAUAGCACAAGGAAGAAUUACGAAAAAAAAUGCGCACAGUUGAGAAAUAAGAAUGUUAGAGGAGAUGAUCUGCUGAGCACAGACAAAACUAAAGUUGAAGUGAAAGAUCUGUAUGCUGGGAUCCUGGUUGCAAUUCGACGUGCCGAGUCAAUCUCUAAGAGAAUUGAAAAUAUGAGAGAUGAAGAACUGCUACCUCAAAUCGUUGAACUGUUAAAAGGCCUGACUCAGUCAUGGAAAAUCAUGUUGGAGUCCCAUGAAACCCAGAAGAAGAUUCUAUCAGAAGUUAAGUACUUCACAUGCGCCACGAAUGGGAAAUUUUGUAACCAAUCUCAUGGAUUUGCAACUAGUCAGCUCGAAGUUGAGCUUCAAAAUUGGCGUGACUGCUUCAAAGAGUACACUGCAGCACAAAAAGCAUAUGUUGAAGCUUUACAUGGAUGGCUGAGUAAGUUCAUAGUCCCUGAACUUGAGUUUUACUCAAGAAGCAAAAAUGUUGCCAUCCCAUACCAAUUCAACGGGCCACCAUUGCUUGUGAUAUGCAACAAUUGGCUAGCUUCACUGCAGAAGUUACCUGAUAAAAUGGUAACACUUGCAUUGAAAAGCGUUGUGAAAGAUGUUAGAGCUUUGCAGCUUCAACAAAACAAAGAACAACAGCAGAAAAGGAAGGUAGACAGGCUAACAAGAGUUUUAGACAGAAGAUACUCUUCCGGACCACAUAAAGUGGAGACUAAGAUGCUUGAGCUCCAUGCCGACGAUCACGAGUCAGAGGGAGGAACUGAUCAUCAAGAUGAGUGCAUGAUGGAGAAACAUGAUCAUUUGGAGACACUGAGAAGAAAAGUUGAAGUGGAGAAGGAGAAGCACCACAGUAGCAUGCUGGAAACUCAGAGGAUGACCUUACAUGGAUUGCAAUCUGGGUUUUCUCUAGUGUUUGAAUCCUUGUCAGAGUUCUCCAAAGCAUCACAAAAAAUGUACAAUGGUCUUGUAAGUUAUAGUGAAAAUAGUGACAAGGUUGGGAACAUUACAUACAUAGAGGGUGGCUGCAAUGUCGAAAAUUGCAACAGCCAAAACGGACAAUAG